UAGGUCUUCGGCGGGAUCUUGUUCUUGUUCACCACGGUGCCGUGCGUGCUGCCCAGGUCGUGGAUGUAAAACCCCGCGUCCUCUCCGACAGACUGUCCCUCUCCAGCGUGUCCGCGGUACUGAAUCACUGCGUGGUACCUGGAGAUGGAGGGGUGCUCCAAGGAGACGUCGCACACAGGUUUUGUUUCGGCUGCUGGUGCUUUGGACGGAGCAGCGACGUUGCUGCGCUUGCUGUUUUUCAGAUCCCUCAUCAUGAUGCGUUACUGGGGUGAGAUCCCUGGACCUGCAGGCGCCCCUCCCAGCCGCAGCUCCUUUGACUUGCUCCAGCGUGAGUUUCGCUCAGUGGAAAUGCAGGACCCUCCCCUGCACCAGCCCUCAGCCCAGCGUCCGAGGCCCACCACAAUGCUGGACAUCCCCUCAGAGCCUUGCAGCCUAACCAUUCACACAGUGCAGCUGUGUCAGCAUACCCGCCGCCUCCGUGGUCUCCUGGCAGCAGCCCAAGCGCAGGCUCAGGGUCAAAGCUCUGCAUCCUCCGAGGGUGGCAGCAGGCUGGAGGAGGCUGAUACCAGCCUGCCUCUGCGUCCUCCCACCCCACCUGUCAUGCCAGAUGACCUGCUACCUGUGGACAGCAAAGCCCCGCGGCAGCCCUUCCAGCUCCGCCACAGUGACCCCGAAAGUGACUUUUAUAAGGGUAAAGGCGAGCCUGUUACAGAGCUGAGUUGGCCCUCCUGCAGGCAGCUCCUUUAUCAGUCAGUGGCCACCGUCUUGGCCCAUGCUGGCUUUGAGUCAGCCCAGGAGAGUGUGCUGGAGACCCUGACUGAUCUGGUACACGAGCAUUACAUGCGUGUCACCCGCCUGCUGCGAGUGGCGGUGGACCGGGAGGCUCGGCUCGGAGCCAGUCCCUUUCCAGACGUAGUGGAGCAAGUGUUCCAUGAGGUGGGCAUCGGCAGUGUGCUGGCCCUGCAGCGCUUCUGGCAAGUGCGGAUCAAGGACUAUCACAGCUACAUGCUGCAGGUGAGUAAGGAUCUGUCAGAGGAAUAUGAGCGACUAGUAAACCCAGAGAAGGCUCUGGAGGACUCCAAACCCCCAAGGAUCAAGGAGGAGCCCAUGAGUGACAUCUCCUUCCCUGUUAGUGAGGAGCCCGAGGCUGACCUGGCCUCUGGGGACCAAGCUUUGCCCAUGGGGGUCCUUGGGGCCCACGGCGAGAGGCUUGCUUCUGGCCUGGAUGGUGACCAUUCUCCUCACACCUCAGGAGGGGGCGGGGCCAACAACUCGCCAUUGUGGCCACAGGUCAAAAUGGAGCCACAGGAUGGCGAGGAAGGCCAUGGAGCCGGCCAUCAUCACCACCACCACCAUCACCACAGUGUCCUGGGUGGAGAUGUGUUUGAGGAGGCUGAGCCCAUGUCCACCAUGAGCGAGUCCGGAGGAGCCAUAGCACCCUCUCCUGGAGGCGCAGCGUCCGACGGUAGCUACGCCUCACAUUCGCCCGACUCCUUGAUGGGGAGCUCGCCUGUUUUUAACCAAAGACCCAAGAAACGAGCAAAGAAGAUGUAAGGCCAUAUUUAUGGACUCACAGCUGUUCCUUGCAGGGCUCAUCUCCAGCUGUUGAGAUCAGUGCCACUUGCAUAAAGACUGAGACAUUAAUAUCAUGAACAAGCUGAACUGAUGUGGAAAGGAUGAUUUUUGUAGUUUUUCAUGUGUUUGUAUGAGUGUAGUUUCUCUGCCAAUAGCUGAAAUUGUUGCCAUUAAGCAUAUUAAUGGGGUUUAUCGUCAAAAGAAUAAACAGCUUUUGAAGAA